AGUCAUGUGAUCAGCUGUGUCCAAUCACAGCUGAUCACUGAUCAUCAGGGCACUGAUGAUGCCCUGAUAAUCAGUGUAGCCCCAGCAGUGCCACCUGUCAGUGUCCAUCAGUGCCCUUGUCAGUGCUCAUCAGUGCCUGGUGUCAGUGCCACAUCAGUGCCACAUAUCAGUGCCUACCAGUGCACAUCAAUGCCACAUAUCAGUGCCCAUCUGAGCUGCCUUUCAAUGUCACCCAUCUGU